GCUGAUCAGACUUCUGGACCGCAUCGACCGGCGAGCACGACGUACGCAGCGAACGAAGACAUGAGCAGAAGUCUUCGACCGCGACGUUCGAGACCGAGCUAUGCAGCGCUGUUUCAGUACGAGGACGAACAGGGCGAGGGAUCGUCGGCGCCCAAGAUGGUCAUCGACGAAGAGGGCGAUAGUGGAAGCGACUUUUCUCCCGAGGGCGGCGACGCAGAAGACGCGGAGGGAGAGACUGAUCCGGACCCAGACGACGGGCUGCUCUCUGCCUCCGAUGACAUCCCUUCAGAGGGCUCGGACGACAGUGCUACACCCUCCUCCAAAAAGAAAUCCAAGUCUGGCAAAUCCACCUCUAGCUCUGGCCCAUAUAUUAUCCGAGAGCGUCCUCAAGCUAAGCAUGCACCCGGCCUGUCGCGACCGUCGACAUCUCGUAACAUGUAUGCGCUCCCCAAUCCCACAGUACAUCUACGCCAUCGUCCGGCCACCUUACACCAUCGUCCACAUCCAGUAGAGCGACUCACGGAGAUUCCUACGCCCUUCUCGUCACCAAAAACCGUACUAACGAGCAGCGGCACCGCCGCUGGGACCACCGUCGCUGAACGUGUCUCGAAAGCAUGGGGGUACAACGUUGGCCCUGGACCGCUAUGGGAACUACUGGAGGACCGAUCAUGGUACAAGGAGGCACAUCAAAGCAGCGCUGAUGAUGCGAAACGUCGGCCGAUGGUGUACCAGGACCUGAAGGUGAAGGAGGGACUACGGAUACUCAAUCCCGAUGAAGCGAGAGCAUACACCCCACAUAGUGGCGAAGACGCCAACCAGCCGCCCUCGCCAGUAAGCUGCUCAUUUGGCCCAAUCCAGAGUCAGACGCGCGUCGAGAUAGGGAUUUUCGACAUGUUCAAAGUAUCGAAUGUAUUUCCCGAGUCGAUGUCUCAUAUUUUCAAUCCAGGGGCGCCAGUCUGGGGACUCGACUGGUGCCCUGUACAUUCCGAUCAUCGGGCUGCCAUAAAUCACAAACACUACCUCGCCGUUGGUCCAUUUCCGCACAAGGAACUUUCGCCGACCAUUGGCAAGAAAAGUUCGUCGCCGACGCCUGCAUGUAUACAAAUCUGGUCCUUUGGCCCCAGUUCUUCGUCAGAGCAGGCAGAUGAUGGCGAAAUGCGCUGCGAGAUGAUUGUCUGCAUUGACAUUGGCCCGGCCUUCGUACUCAAGUGGUGUCCACUACCGGCACACGAUCCCCUGGACGAAGAUGACAGGGAGGAUACGUCCAGCCCACGGAAGUUGGGCGUCCUAGCCGGAACAUUCGCGGACGGCUCGCUUGCGUUCUUCGUUAUCCCCCACCCGGAAGACAUCCAGUCUUCAGGUUACAACUCACCUGGACCUGUAUAUGUACGGCUGGUUCCGAUCCUCAGGAUUGAACAUGAGGAGACGUCCUGUUGGGCAUUGGAUUGGGCCAAUAGUCAACGGAUCGCUGUAGGAUGUACCAAUGGAUUCAUCGCGGUGUACGAUAUUGCCGAGGCACUUCGCUCCGGUUCUUCGGAAGAGCUUCUACCGUCGACCUACCUUUCCGUUCAUCAAUCGGCUAUCCGCGCAAUUUGCUGGCUGCGAGCACCGCCGAGUGCGUCGCGGUUGAAUGAGGACCCUACGAUCGUCGCGAGCGGCGGCUACGAUGGCGUCGAAUGCCUGACGGACAUUCGCGAUCCGUACGGAAACGUUAUGAACAGAACACGAGAUGUGAUCAACUGUAUGGCUUUCUCGCCCUACUCUGGUGGACCGGUAACGAUCGAUCACGAGAACAUCGUCAAGGUCUACUCGGCGUCACCCUUGACUCUCGGACGCGGGCAUGGCUUGAUGGAACCCAAUGGGCCUGUAUGGGACGUCAGCUUAUCGGAGUUGCAUCCCCAGCUUGCAGUCGGGGCCGCGGACGGAAGCUGCUCGACCACGAACAUGCUCCGAUCGACCAGGAGAAGUGGUCUCGUCCCGUUCUUGGUGCAUAAGAUAUAUCAGCUGGAUUACAGCAGGACGUCGGGCGAGUUCAGAAUGCUUGAGCAUUUCCUCCCACAGGAACCGCAAGAUCGUCCCGCGGCAAUACGGGCCAAGAAAGCCGACGAUUCAGUAGUUAUCACUCCUGUCGGAACCGGCGCUUGGCCAGCAGAGGUCGCAGUCCAGCGAGUAGCAUGGAAUUCGUGCAACGGCUUUUGCGGGGCGCCGCUGUUGGCUAGUGCCACGGGCUCCGGUCUGUGCAGGAUUGACUGGUUAAUGGGCAAGUGGACCAACACCAGGAUCCCGUAUGGUGGCGUCGAAGGUAUCAGGAUGGAGGUGGAGGUAGAGGGUGCUGAAGAAGACGAUGAAAACGAUUGAGCGCACUUCAAUGAUAUCUUGCGUGCGCCUUGCCGAUAUGUCAGAGCUAGAUGCAUUAUAGAGCGGGAGACUAUGUGUGCAAUAGGUUAAACAAGCGGAGAGACCUAUCGUAGACGAAUUAUGAGCG